AUGGCUGACUGGGUAGCUGCAUUUGGGAUCGGGCUCAUCUCUCACAACCAAGAUAUUUCCCAUCAACAAGUCACAGGUGAUCCCCACGAUGUUGGUGUUUCUUGCUGGGGUCACAAAAAUGCGGAGAGGUUACGAGCACUUAAUCUCUCGAGCCUCCCAAGGCUUAGGGAAUCAAUGCUCUCAGGCCUCCGGCUUGGAAAAACGAUAAUCUCACAAGGUGCAAACGACAAAUUAAUUGAAGAAGUCAAUGCUCCAAGGGAUGGAUACUCUGAUGGAGAAGAAGCAAAGCUUCUUGAGAGUACCAUGGUGAAGCAUGCUUACUAUUUUUUUCAAAUCUUUAAUGUCUUCAUUGGGAACCUUAUAUUCAAACGUGAGGAACGCAAAAUGAGCCGAGAGUAUUUUUGCAAAGUUUCCGCAAUAGAUGCAUUAAGGGUGAUAUCAAUUGAACUCAAUUUCAUGUACGAGGUGCUUUAUACAAAAGCUUUGGCAAUACAUUCCAGGUGGAGCUACAUUUUCCGCUUCAUAAACUUCACUAGCAUUGUGUUGGCUUUUGUUUUAUUCAAUCGCUUGCAGAAGGAUGGGCUCUUUGAACUUGAUGUAGAAAUUACUUAUUCCCUUCUUUUUGGAGGAAUUGCUCUUGAUGUGAUAGCUCUGUUCAUGCUUAUUUUCUCUGAUUGGACUGUUGCUGGAAUCAAGUGGUAUACCACAGGAUCAUCUAAACUAGAUUCAUUUCUCCACAAGUUGGUAUCUACCACGGAUGAGCUGAGGGAGCCCCGCUUCGUUGUAGGUGAAGCGGAGAAUAAUAGCAAUGUUAUUUACACGGUCUUAGAUACACCAUUAAUAUUUCGAAGGUGGUCGGAAUCUAUCUCUGCUUGCAACCUUUUUUCCGAGACUUUGAAGGAGAGUCCGACAAUGAUGUAUAAGCAUGAUCGUCCUUGGGGCAUCACCACUUUUUCUAAUAUCUGCAAUUUUCCAUUUUGUGUGGCUAAAAAGAUCAUCUCUUGUCUCCAAGAAGCUGGUGAGAUUAUAAGAGGCCGUGGUCCAAGGGAAAGACUAAUGAUUGCGAAUACGAAGUACGUGUCAAAGAAUCCCUUUAUUAAGAAACUAUGGAUUUAUAUCUUUAAUGAGCUCAAACGCAAAUCCGAGAAUGCAAAUGAUCUGGCAGAGGUGAGGGAAAUAUUUGAGGCCCGAGGUAACCUAUUUCUCGAAAGUGAGCCGGUGGGGAUUGAAUGUGGCCAUCUUUUAUUGUAUGUCACCGAGGUUAAUUACGACGCUAGUAUAAUAAUGUGGCAUCUUGCUACCGAAAUGUGGUACAACAAUGAAAAAUCCACAGGCGAAAACGAUGAAAGGGAAUUCAGUAAGAUCCUCUCCGACUACAUGAUGUAUCUUUGCCUUAAUCAGCCCAAUGUGACGUUUGCUGUGGAGGGGAUUGCCCAAAUGACAUCAGCGGAGACGGUGCGCGAGCUAUGGGGCCAUGCUGACGGUGCGACCAAGGAUGUGAAGGGGCUGUGCAAGAUAUUGUCAGGUAUUUUCGAACCGACAUCCCCGCUCCGUGGACCGGGGAUUUUGGCCCUAAAGUUGGGUAGCCUCCAGGAUUUGAAGUGGAGGGUGAUGAGCGGAGUGUGGGUUGAGAUGCUGUCAUAUGCAGCAAGUCAUAUAAGGGGAGAGGCACAUGUGAAGGUGCUAAGCAAAGGUGGAGAGCUUCUAACCUUUGUCUGGCUAUUAAUGGCUCAUUUCGGCUGUCUAUAUAUACCUGAAUGGGGCAUGCACUAUGAACCCUUGGGGGAAUGGACCAAUUUGUCUAACUUCUAA